CUCGGCACCUUUGGAGACUCCUCAGAAGUUCGCAUCUCCUUUGGGAGGCAACUGAGUGAGAGAGAGAGAGAGAGAGAGAGAGAGAGAGAUGCCGUGCCUUAACCUUUCCACCAACGUGAGCCUCGACGGCGUCGACACCUCCGCCAUUCUCUCCGAGGCGUCGAAGACCGUUGCCAGACUCAUCGGCAAACCCGAAGCGUAUGUGAUGAUAGUUCUCAAAGGAUCGGUGCCCAUGUCUUUCGGCGGGACAGAGCAGCCCGCGGCGUACGGCGAACUGGUCUCCAUCGGCGGCCUGAACUCCGAUGUCAACAAGAAGCUGAGCGCCGCCGUCGCGGCCAUCCUCGAGACCAAGUUGUCCGUCCCCAAAUCCCGCUUCUUCCUCAAGUUCUAUGACACUAAGGGCUCAAACUUUGGGUGGAACGGGUCGACUUUUUAGGACUUGUAUGGCCUUGGUGCUUUUGAUUGAGCAUGUUGGGGUCAAAUUCUAUGCUUAAAUAAAUAUAAUGGUCUGAUCUGUUCCCUGACUGUUACUAAAAUAUCUGUCAUCUCGGGAAAAACUUAUAGACUUUUAUGCUUAGCGUCACUAUUAUCUUUUGCCUAA